GUCUACGCAGCCGUCCGACCAACAGACUUUAUAAACAAGCGCGAAAUUUGAAUUGAAUUUUAUUUCAUUAUCAAACGUUCGUCACAAUAGGUAACAUUAUUUGCGCACAGAGAUAGUCGGUUUUAACAAAAAUGUCGAAGGUUCCUAAGAAGAAAGCAUCUCAUCCUUCGUAUUCUGUGAUGGUUUGUGCAGCUAUUGCUGGAUUAAAAGAAAGAUCAGGAUCCAGUCGUCAGGCGAUUGUUAAAUACAUCAAAGCAAACUACGAGAAAAUCAGCGAAAAUGGUUGUUCCAAAAAUGUUACAAAAAGUCUCAAAUCAUUGAAGGAUGAUGGUAAAAUCAAGGAAGGAAAUGGUGGACCAUUCAAAUUUGCCCUCACUGAAGCCGGCAAAGCAAAACCAGAGAAGGCAAAGAAGCCUGUCGUUAAGAAGGCAGUCGUUAAGAAGCCAGCGGCCAAGAAACCAGUGAAAACCAAGAAGUCACCUGCGAAGAAACCGCCUGCAAAGAAAGCUUCGGAGAAAAAAGUCUCCGAGAAGAAGAAGCCAGCUAAAAAGCCAACAAAGAAGCCCAGCAAACCAGCAGGAGGAGUAAAGAAAAGUAAAGCGAAAUCUCCGGCAAAGAAGGCAGGGAAAAAACCAACGCCAAAGAAGACAACAAAGAAGCCAGCUGGUAAAAAGACAUCAAAGAAAUAAAUUUCUGUCUUUCACAGACAACAACAAAA